AUGUUAUCUGGCUUGCUAUCCACGUCGUCGUCCACCAUUGUAGACUACGAGAGUUUGACGAGUAAAAGUUUUACUGUGGAUGUGACAGUGACUGAUGGCACAGAUACAGACACUUACUCCACGUUCACUGUUAACGUCAUAGAAGUUAACGAAGCUCCAGUAUUUGGGAGUACGAUCUACUAUGUCAGCGGAAAUGAAGGAAAUGCUGGGGAGAGCUUUAGUAGCCCAGGAUUUGUGGUGACUGAUCCGGAUGUCAGCGCCAGUCAAUCCUACACUGUCGACUGUCCCGCCAUUGCAAUGGAUUCCACUACAGGCGCGGUGACCUUGAGUGGAACGUACGACCUUGACGUUGUCGGUACGGCGUCAGUUUUGACCUGUAUUGCCACUGUAUCGGACGGCGAGCUGACUGAUACGACACAACUCAUAGUCACAAUUAAUGACGUCAACGACCAUAUUCCGUCGUUCGCCCAUGCAUCAUAUACAUUAUACACGACCAUUUACGGUAACGUUGGCGAUACGAUUGGGAGUAUAGCGGCUACGGACGGGGACCUGGGUAUUAAUGGGGCGAUUAGCUAUACGCUGGACCAAACCUCCCUCAACGAAUCGUACUUCGGGGUAACCGGGACAGGGAACCUAUACAUUAACAGAUUUCUUACGUCAUUUGGAGAUGGGACAUAUUUUUCAUUUUCUGCCAAUGUGACCGACUACGGUGGCCUGACAGAUACCGCCGAUAUAAAUGUCGUUGUAUAUGCAACCACCACCGUACCAACCACGUCCACGACGGAGAGGUACGCCACUUUCUUCGAGUAUCCUCCUAACAUUGCCUGGUUUACCGUGUUCUGUAUGACCGCGGUCACCGCCACAGCUGCGUUUUCUUACCUGGCUUAUGCGCACGGAUUUCUCAGACAGCUAACAUGUGAAGAUCUAAAGUCUGUGUUUAGAGUCAAGAAAAAGCGAAAAGUCAUCAAAAGAAGACAUCGGAAGAAAAUCCGCGAUUUAGGGCAUGGACAGAGGGAGCUGAACAGGGGUGUGACGUUCGCCUCGACAGACAUUACAAAACACAUUAACACUAAAAUCUAAAGAUCGAGCGCUGUCACGAGGGACAACCGUAUUACUUACUCUGACGAUAGAUUGCCACUUUGAGUUUUUUUUGGAAGAUGCAUCAGCAGUAUUUUGGCAGCUGAGUGUCAACCUGAGGGCCAUUUAGAGACACCAUCACUUAGCUAUGACGACCAUGUGCAGCCCUGAGGGAUAUUGAGAGAAAUCACCAACACGAGUCUCACCGAGCGCCGCCCCAACAAGCAUUGAAAACACAUCAAUACGGAACAUUGACUGCAAUAUGCCGCUUAUAGGACCCUUUGAAACCUUUUCAAAAGUCAUCAUAUUUAGGCCAUAGGAAAUUUAAGUAUAAACUAUUUAAUGUGUUAUGCUAUAUAGAAAUCAUCUACAGUCAUUCGUUGGUACACUUACGCAUCAUUUCGAAUUCACGUUUUAGAAAUAAUUUAGCGUUUUCGAGAAGUGAACGGAAUUUCUUCAACAUCGAUCUCAAACGUUACGCGCCUUCAACUAUCAUAUACACGGUUACCUCUCGUGUACUAUUUGCACCGGAGGAUAACCAAUGGAAGCUCAAAUGAACCUGUUUGUAUAAUAUAUAUCCAGAUACCCACUUUGAUAGAUUGCCUGCGGUGAUGCGUUGCAAUGACUCACAUAGGAGGACGGUCGAUAAUACGACGAGGUAGAACUGUUUUCGUUUCUUAUUUGUAUACCUCUGGUCCACAUGUGCAAACUACAACGAAUAUCAACACAAAACCUGUAUUUCACACAUACGUUGAAAGAAAAUAGCUAGUUUAAAAAGGUAAACCCUAAGAAAAAGUCAACGGGAUACACGCAUAUAUUUAGGGUGCACAAUAGCUUUUUGCAUGUUAUACAAAGGUCUCAUAUUUUUGUUAUUGAUAGUGGACGGCUGUCCUAAAUAUAUUAAAUGAUUUUUAUAUAAAUGAGAAUUAUAAUAUAACAAAUUGUACUUAACAUAAGGGGGUUACUUAUUUGGCAGAUUUGGCGAUUGUUUUUAAUAAGUCCAACAUAUUUAAAAUCACUCUUUUAUACAUAGACUAAGCACGGUAAUUGAUCAAGAUUACUGUGUGAUAUGUUCACUGAAUUCAUCAAUUAUCUUAUUUUAACUCGAUCGUUCGUUUAUUUUAUUUUAGUUCAUCUAAAAUGCGAUACUUGCUUUUUUUUUUAAUAUGAACAUUUAUUCUUUAUGUUCUAUGCACUAUUUAAACUGUUUUUUUAAA